AUGUGUGUUUGUGGUUCCAGUGUGCAUCUGACGGCCCUUCCCCGGCCCACUGCAGGGGCCAGCUACAUCAUGCAGCCCCCUCCUGGCGUGGGCUUUGCCAUGAGUUCAGCUUUUCCCCCAGCCACCCCAGCGGGGUACGGUGAUCACCAGCCCCUCUCCAGCCAGGACCGCACCUACAGCCGUUGGCACCAGGAGUCUGUCCCUGCCACCACCACGGCAGCUGUCUGCCAGGACAGUGGCAACCACUGGUGGUCCACGGCCUCCCCGAGCUAUGAGGAUGAGCAGUGCCCGCAGCCUGCCACCUGCCAGCCUGAGCCCAUGAUGGCUGGGGAUGCCCUCUGCCAGCCAGGUCACCUCCUGGCCUCGUCAUCCUCCGCCACGCCCCCAGAUACAGUCCCCGCCUCCCCGGGGCCCCCCCAGCCGUUGCCACUGUCUCCCAGGCCGCUUUCCCCACCGCCUGCGGGUGCAGGAGGCAGCCCCCGGGCAGAGCCUGCCGACGCCCUCACCACAAAGCCUCCGUCUACCCACAAGUUGCCGAAGGCCAGGGAAACCCCCGGGGAGUCCCAGCUACACUACUGCGACCUCUGCAGGAUCAGCUGUGCCGGGUCCCAGACCUACCGGGAGCACUUGGAGGGUCAGAAGCACAGGAAGAAGGUGGCAGCCAGGACCGCAGGAACGCCCCCCAGUGGCAGCUUGUGCUGUGCCCUGUGCGCCGUGUCCUGCACUGGGGCGGACGCCUACACGGCCCACAUCCGCGGAGCCAGGCACCAGAAGGUCCUCAAGCUGCACACCCGACUGGGGAAGCCCAUCCCGGCCUUCGAGCCCGAGCCUGGGAGCUGCAGGCUGCCAGGGCCCCCGGCCAAGGAGGCCUCCUCCCCCGAGGCCAAGGCCCAGGCCCCCACCAGCCCCAGCGUGCAUGCUCCGAGUAGGCCCGUGCCGGCCAAGACCUCGGCGGCCUCGAGCGUCCCACGGUCUCGCGAGCUGCGGGCAGUGGGCAGCAGACCCCACGGAGGAAAGCCGGCCCGACCCACAUCGCAGGGGCUAGAGGACGUGCCCACCCGAGGAGAUCCGGGGGAGGCUUCCACGGGCAGCGGUGACACCCAGCCAGUGGGCCUGGACUUCGUGGAGGAGGUGUGCAGCGACGAGGGGCGAGUGCUGCGGUUCCACUGCAGGCUGUGCCAGUGCAGCUUCAAUGACCUCAAUGCCCGGGACACGCACGUGCGGGGCCGGCGGCACCGGCUGCAGUACAAGAAGAAAGUGGACCCCAGCCUGCCCCUGGCGGUCAAGGUCAGCAGCAGGCCACAGCCCGGGCGGCGGCCGGAGUCCAGCGACGACCGACACGUCAUGUGCAAGCACGCGACCAUCUACCCCACGGAGCAGGAGCUGCAGGCCGUGACGAGGGCCGUGGCCCACACGGAGCGUGCCCUCAGGCUGGUGUCUGAUGCGCUGGCCCGGGAGAGCCAGGAGGAGCAGGGUGACCAGCGCAGCGGCGCGACCCCCUCGUCCCGGGUCCUGAAAGGCGUCGUGCGGGUCGGAGUCCUGGCGAAGGGCCUCCUGCUGCGGGGUGACAGGAGUGUGCACCUGGCCCUCCUCUGCUCGGAGAAGCCCACGCGUGGCUUGCUGCGGAGAAUCACGGAGCAGCUGCCCCUGCAGCUCCGGGUGGUAACCGAGGAUGAGUACAAGGUCUCCUCUGACCCUGAAGCCAAUGUUGUCAUCUCCUCCUGCAAGGAGCCCCGGAUGCAGGUCACGGUGUCUGUCACCUCACCCCUGAUGCGAGAGGACCCCUCCACGGACCAAGGAACGGAAAAGCUGCGGCCUGACCCGGAGGAUGUCCUGAGCCCCGAGAAGUGCCUGGAGUCACUAGCUGCCCUCCGUCAUGCCAAGUGGUUCCAGGCUCGCGCCAGUGGACUUCCACUGUGUGUCAUCGUCACCCGGGUCCUCAGGGACCUCCGCCAGCGUGUGCCUGCCUGGAGGGCCCUGCCAGCCUGGGCCAUGGAGCUGCUGGUGGAGAAGGCUCUGAGCAGCGUGACGGAGCCCCUGGGCCCUGGGGAUGCUGUGAGACGGGUGCUGGAGUGUGUGGCCGCAGGGACGCUCCUGGCAGAUGGGCCUGGGCUGCAGGACCCCUGUGAGCGGGAGCGGACGGACGCCCUGGAGCCCCUGACCCCCCAGGAGCGGGAGGACGUGACAGCCAGCGCCCAGCAUGCCCUGCGCCUGCUAGCUUUCCAGCAGAUCCACUGGGUCCUGGGCAUGGAGCCCCUGCUGUCCAGGCGCCGGUUCAGGGCCUGCCUCCGGAAGAGGCCGCGGGAGCCGGGCGAGGCCGGGGAGGCCGAGGAGGGUGCGGGUGAGAGGAAGCAGAGCCGGCCAGGCGAAGAGGGGCUGGUGUGA